AAAACAUGGGAUUCGCUUCCGCUUCUCGCGAAGAGAAGCUGAAAAUGCUGAAGACAAAUAAAACAAGAAAAACUACGAAACAUUUAAAUCGCCUUGCAAAGCGGAAAAAGCUGUCGAGAGAGAUUCGCGAUGGAAUGGCAGAUAUUAAAUCAAGAAAAUCUGCAGAUUUGAGGCAGAGAGCUGUUAAUAUUGAAGAUGAUUUCAUCGCCGACAGACAAGCUCAUUAUGAGAAUAGUGAUGAAGAUUUGCCAUUGGACAUGAUGGACGCAGAUAUCGAUUGGGAGAACAGCGCAUUUGCCAACGCAAAAAGGCGGCUUGAGAAAAAAAGAAGUGGUGUAGAAUCAGACAGCGACGAUGAAGAUGAUGUUGAGAAGAAAAAGAGAAAAUUCGCAGGACUACUCGAAGAAGGCCAUGAAGAACUUCUGCCGAUUAAGCUAAAAGAUGGAACACUGAUUCGUCCGACACGAGAAAAAGAAGUUAAGGAAGACGAAGAAGAAAAAAGCGGUGAUGAAGAAGAAGAAGGAGAAGAGGAUGAGCCACAUCGGGAAGAUUUUUCGCAUCUUUCCGCGUCGGAACUUAUUGCAAAACGACGGGAAUUGAUGCAAGAAUUCAAAGAUACUAUUGCAUCACAUGCUAAUAUGCUUUUAUCAAAUCCACAAGUCAAUAUCGUCCGUCUCCGAGAUCUCUACAAUCUGUGCAACGGCGAGAAAAUCCACUCGCUGGUGCGAGAAUCCGUUCAAAAACUCGCAAUCGCUAGUACUCUCCAAGUUCUUCUCGAUAUUCUCCCGGGUUACGCGAUUCGUGAGCAGACGGCCGAGGAAAAAGCCCAGAAACAGAAGAAAGAGACGAGAAAUCUCGUUAAUUAUGAAGAAUCGCUGUUGAGAUAUCACCUCAAGUAUUUGCAGUUGUGUGAGAAGCUUUCGAAUAAAUUGGUCGGUAAGGAUCGUCAUAAUGAUGAGAGCACGUUCACAUUCAAAAUGGGAAUUCUCUCUGUGAAGGCGCUAGCUCGAAUCGUGGUCUCCGCUCCACACUUCAACUACUCUACGAACAUUGUCUCAAGUCUCGUUCGUCUUUCUCUUGCCAAAAAUGAGACAGUUAUUCGAGAAGUGUGCGAGGCUAUCCGGACAGUUUUCAAAGAGGAUAUUCAUCUCAAAAUCACCCUGUUCACUGCUCGCUCCAUCUCGACUCUCGUGACAAAGAGGAAAGGAAGAGUACCGCCAGAGCUUCUAAGGACUCUUCUAUCGAUGAAUAUUACUGAAGUGAAAGAUGAGGAUAAAAAGUCUGGAAAAGAUGCACUUAUUGCGAAGAAAUAUCAAAUCAAGAAGGAGAAAGCGAGCAAGACGGCGAAGAAGUAUAAGAAACAACUUGCCAGACUUGAAGCCGAUCUUUUGGAGGUUGAAGCCGAAGAGUCGAUGAGCAAAAAGUUGAAGAACGCCACAGAAGCCAUGAAAUUCGCCUUUCAAUCAUAUUUCUCAAUUUUGAAGCGUAUGCCAAACUCGGCUCUUCUCGAGCCAGUUCUCGAAGGACUCAGCAAAUUUGCUCAUCUUUUGAGCAUUGAAUUCUACGAGGAUAUCGUUUCAACUAUGGAGAAUAUGGUUCAAAAUGAGAAUCUCAAAUCAUUGGAUCAACUUCAUUGCAUCAAUACAGUCUUUGUAAUCUUGUCUGGAGAUGGUCAACUUUUGAAUAUUGAUCCAUCAAAAUUCUACCGUCUGGCCUAUCGAGUUCUCAACCAUUUGCCAUUUGAAAAACGUCCGGAACAACGAAAAAAUCAGAUUAUAAUGGCGGCGAAGACGCUGGAAACGAUGCUUGUGAUCCGAAGAAAAGCUGUUCCGUUGUCCAGAGUUGCUGCUUUUGUCAAGCGGCUUCUGUCUAUUGCGACUGUUCUUGACGAUUUUCCAGCACUAUGCAUUGUGUCGCUUGUGCGAUCACUUUUUAUUGCCCACCCCAAGCUCUCCUCAAUGAUCGAAGACGAAGAAGGUGGUGCUCCAGGAAUCUACCGGCCGGAUAUCGAUGAUCCAGACGUCGCAAACGCCUUGGCUUCUGAUGUUCGUGAUGAGCUCUCGAUGCUGGCUCGUCGAAGAAACACUGAACUUUCUCGAUUUGCCAACAAUAUUCUCUACGGAGUACCUUCGACAGGAAUUUUCAAGUUGAAUCCACAGUUAUCGUCUUUGAAACCAUGGAUCCUGAUGGGACAGCUGAUGGAUAACGCGAAGGAUGCCUAUGACAAGGUUGAGAGCAAGUAUUUGGAUGAUCUGGAGAAGGCUGCCAAGAAGAGAAAUCAAUCGGUUACUCCAAAGAACAUCAACUUCCACAUUUCCAACUGGCUGGCAGCAUCGAAAUAAUUUUUUAAAAUAUUGUUUAAAUGAUAAUCCGAAUUUUUGUUAUUUGUUGUUACUGUUAAGUUUUCACUAUGAAUUUUGUUUUGUG